GUUGUUAAUUCUGACAUCGGAUUGGAUAAAAUUUUGCAUUUUUUAAAUUACCGUUUAAGUAUAUAAUAAGCGCAUUUCGUUUGAAGAUACAUCAUGGCAUAAAGAGAAUAUUUAACUAUCUAAAAACAAGGAAAGCAACCUUGUCAACUGGUGUCAAAAUAGUAAGAACUUUGUGUACCUAAGAAAAAGUGUUGUCAAAUUAUGAGUGAUUCUCAUGCAACAUCUUGGGAAAAUCUUGAGUCGUGUAACUGUCUUAUCAUACCACAGUCAAAGACUUUCAAAGACCAAGAUGGCAUAAUACAACAUAUCAAAUGCUUGGAACCUGAAAAAUGGAAAAACACAAUAGAAAAUAGUGGUCACAAUAUCAUUUUGGUAAAUGGAGACUUUAAAGAGUCUUUCAACACAUUUUUUUUGGAUAUAUUUGUGUUAUGCAACCUACAAAGUUUUACUGAAAGAAGUGGACCUUGUGAUUGCCAUGAAAACUUUAUUUCAUUAAGGAAUACUCUAAACUUGAAAACCAAUGAUAAAUGGGUAUGUUUAUGGAUAUGUGAAGGUGUAUCAUAUGUACUUGAAUCUGAUGAAAAAAGGAUAGUUCCCACUGAAGACUUUCAUAAAAUAAAAGAUGAAGUUAGAAAACUGAAGAAAAUAAAUGAUGAUUUACCAAAACUUAUCAACUCUCGUAUUUGUUUGGAUGAAACAGAUUUAAGUAGUUCACAACCGUUAAUGAGUCAGCAUAAUUUUCAGAAGGAAUUGAAUGAAAUGAUGUAUCAAAAAAAAAUCAUAUAUAAAGCAUUUUACACAAUGUUUCACAGACUCUUAUGUACUCUAAAGGAUACAGGUGGACUAUCGUCAGUAAAAAAUAAGUCAAAUCCUGACAUUAAUAAUGGAGCAGGUGCUGAUAAAUCACUACCAUUACGAACUUUCUUUCAAUAUUCUGUAACAAGGUUAACACAAUCUGAUUGGACCAAUUUACGACAGUUUGUGGAGAGAGAUGUACCAGCAAGAGUGAUAAGGGUAAUUCCAAAUGGAAUUGAGUUUUUUCUAGAAUUAGUGAGACGUGAUAUGAUACAUAAUGAAAACACAGAUUAUAUGAGAAAUGCAUUCUUUGAGAUCCAACGUAUUGAUCUAGUUCAUAUGUUAGACUGUAUUAAAGAAGGUGACAUGAGUAUCUUUAUAACUGCUGAUCCUAAUGCACAAUCACGCAGCUUUAAUGAAGAAGUUCGCCAUCAAGAAUCAUUGCCUCCCCAAACUCUGCUUGUAAACCGAGAGCAAAGUAAUGAACGUAAUGAUAGCCAUGUUAUAUCGCAAUCGAGCAACAGAAACCAUGGUAACGAUGUUAGUGGUGUAGACGUCGUUGAUGGUGGUUCAUUACCUGUCACAUCGGUACUUACUAUGACAUCUGAUGCCACCGUUGAUAGACGUUUAAAAAGAACAUACCGAACUAAUGCACAAAAUACUUCAACGUACUCAUCAUUUUCUAUGCAAGAACAAGAUAAUGAAGAGGAUUCAGUUGUGCAUUCAGCAUCUUCUGUCCAGGCUAACACGGAAGCCUUUGAUUGGAUGGGAAGAAAUAGACCUGCUAAUAUUGCUGAUACUGAAAGAUUGAAUGCUAUUGAGGGAAAGUUUGAUGCUUCUUUCAAUGGUUCUGAAACUGCUAAUGGUCGUUCUUCAUAUCAAAACACACCUCUUUCGAUCGCAGCUUUCCCUGGUACCAAUUCUCAGGAUACAACGACCCCUGUCACCUUGACCCUGGGUACAAUGACCCCUGUCAACAAUACCAUAAGUACAAUAACAUCUGGUACCAGUACCUUAGGCACGAUGACCCCAGGUACCAAUGCCUUAGGCACCAAUACCCCAGGUACAAUAACCCCUGUCACCAAUGCCCUAGGUACGAUGACCAUUGGUAAUUCCUCUGCUACAAGUACCGAAAAUAAUAGUGAAUCGUGGAUUGAAGGCAGAAAUUAUCCAUGUGAACAUUAUAAUCGUUAUUGUACUGUAAAAUUUUCGUGCUGUUCAUCGUUCUGGCCAUGUCAUCGAUGCCACAACGCCCAAACUACUUGUGCACAGCGGAAACUUAAAUCACGUGAUAUACGACAAAUUAAAUGUCGACGAUGUGGUCUUGUUCAAGAUUUUCCUAAAGAAUCACCGCAUUGCGUUGGAUGUAACUUGAAAUUUGCAGAGUAUUUUUGUGCAAUAUGUCAGCACCUGACAGACAAAAGAAACCAUCCAUUUCAUUGUGAUAAGUGUGGAAUCUGUAGAGUUCACGGAGAUCGUUCUUUUCAUUGCGAUGUUUGUGGUGUGUGUCUUGAUAUACAACUGCGUGGUAAUCAUAAAUGUAGAGAAGGUUCUGCGCAUGACGUAUGUUGUGUGUGUUUCGAAGAUGCGUUCACUGGUUGUAAAAUUCUUCCUUGUGGACAUAAAGUUCAUAAAGAAUGCGCAAAACAAAUAACGAAAAACGGAAAGACAGUGUGUCCAAAAUGUAAAAAAGAUAAAGAUGGAAGAAAAAAUGGAAACUGAAGAUUUGUAUGAAAUGUUAAACAAAAAAGUCAUGUUUGAUUAUAUCAAUAACUCCUAACCUUUUUUCCCUUUUUGCUAUUGUUUCUAUCUAAUGCUGUUAUAAAAAAUUAGUUAUAAAUAUUUGUUUCUAAAAUUCGAAAACUAAAGGAAAGUUGUUUUGUUCUGA